AUGGGAUAUCGAAUUCACCACCAUCUUGGGGGUGGAAGGCCUGUCUACAUCCUACUACUCCCACUAGCUCUAGCCCUGCUGACCCUGUUGUCUGAGGCCCAGGGCCGUAUGGAUAGAGCCAGGACAGAGGAGGAAAGUAGAGCAGGGCUGUUGAGGAGGGUGAAGAGAGGCUGGGUAUGGAACCAGUUCUUUGUGCUGGAGGAGUACACUGGACUGGAGCCGCUAUACAUCGGAAAGGUGAGUUGGCGCACACACACAUGCAUGAACACACACACACAAACACACUGAAUAAAUAAAUGUGUUAACUGCAUGUCACUUUGGAUGAAAGCAUCUGCUAAAUGCCCACCAUCAUUACUAUUGAACUGUUUUAUGACAGCUCUCAACUUUUCAAUCAAUGUCGUUGUGGUCGGCUGGACGUGGUCUCUGAUGGCUGCAGGGUUUAUCAUCAUUGAUAAAAUGUUCAAUCCACUUUAACACUUGAGUGGUCAAGGUAUCCUCUUGUGCCAAUGAAUCUCUGUCUGCCUCCCAAAUGGUACCCUAUUCCCUAUGUAGUGCACUACUUUUGGCGAGGGCCCAUAGGGUUCCCAUAUGGCCAUGGUCAAGAGUAAUACACUAUGUAGGGAAUAGGGUGCCAUUUGGGACACAGCCUUUGCCUAUACAGUACAUGCCACACUAGUUUCUAUGGAGCAGUAGUGUGGAUGAGUGUCUAGAGUAUCUUUCGUUCCAUUUACUUCACACUUUCCUUUUUGUCUGAGCCUAUCUAACAAAGCAGAGGAAACCCUCUCAGUGUGAAAGGUGUCUAGCCAGGGGUUAAACUUUAGAUUUGUAGAUGGUGGAACUGUUCCAAAAAAGGACUGUAUUCCAUGUUCUAUUCUUUUCUUUUACAGAAAUCUUCUGAACCAUCACCUUGUGACGUGAAACAAUGAAGUAGUGAAACGUCACAAAUUCAGUAAAGUCAAAUAAUAGCAUAAUAUAUUCAUAUUCAGUCUGUGUCCCAAAUGGCACCCUAUUCCCUAUAGUGCUCUACUUUUGACCAGGGCCCAUAGGGGUAAAGUAGGGUGCUUAUUGAGAAUCUACAGUAUACAGAGACUGGGUUGUCACCUCGCCACACACACAUGAUAAUUGUAACCAUCGUCAUGACAACAAAGGUGUGUGUGUGUGUGUGUGCUUCAAACGCACCUCAAAAUACUUUCUAACCUCUGACCCCUAACCUCUGACCUGUGACCCCCACAGCUCCACUCAGACAUGGACCUAGGGGAUGGCUCAAUCAAGUACAUACUAUCAGGAGAUGGUGCGGGCACCACCUUCACCAUUGACGACAGUACGGGGGACAUCCAUGCCAUCAAGAGGCUGGACCGCGAGGUCAAGGCCCAGUACCUGCUGCGAGCCCAGGCCUGGAACAGACAGACAGAUCGACCCUUAGAGCCCGAAUCUGAGUUCAUUGUCAAGAUCCAGGACAUCAAUGAUAAUGAACCUAAGUUCCUGGAUGGGCCCUACCAAGCCACCAUACCUGAGAUGUCAACCAUAGGUGAGUCAGUAGAGAUUGUAGUAGUCGGAGACAUAGGCUGAGUCCUGAUUCCCCACCCUUCUCCAAAAGUGUGCACUUGCACACUGUCUUGAAUGGAUUUUACAAUAGUGGAAACUCCCUCAAGCAAAUGGUUACACCAAUGUUUUUAAAUCCAUGACAGUGUGCAAGUGCACAUUGUGGGAGAAUUGGCACAUAAAGCCACAGUGUGCAUCUAAAAUGGCAGCCUAUUCCCUAUAUAGUGCACUACAUUUGGUCAGGACCAUUUCAGAAACACAGCUAGAGAGUGUAGCUGGACGUCAUGCUGCUGCCUCUAAAUGUUUCAUUCAUUCAUUCAUGAACAGUCUUUGCAUUAGUUUUAGUUCUAGUAGUUCAGUUAGCAAACUCUGUUUUUCUAUUAUACAGUAUGUCUCUGUUGUGCUGGUUAUUCACAGCAGUGUGUUUCUGUGAGUAGUGUACGUUGGGAAGGAGAUGAGGAUGUUUGGUUACGUGCACACAAUAGCCAAGAUAAUUAUGUCUUUGCAAUAUCGUCAUUAUGCCAUCAAAAUGAUGUCUCUGCUUACACACUUCACCAGUGGAAUACAAUAUUUAUAAAUCCACCAGUGAGUGCAGAUACUUUGAGGCGGAACAUAACUCCACAGUUACCCCUAAUAGCCUACACCCAUCGGCAACACUGAAGCAGUUUUAUGCAGAUGGAACAAUCCUUUUUGUAAACAGACCUUGUUGAAAUAACCAUAUAGAAACAGAAUGAGUCAUUCCAGUUGUGUGGAAAUAAUUUUGCUCACCAAGUCACUCUCUUUCUACUUCUCCCUUCCUCCCUCCUUCCCCAGGCACUGAGGUGAUUCGGCUGACCGCUACAGACGCUGAUGACCCUACAUAUGGUAACAGUGCCAGGGUGGUCUACAGCAUCCUGCAAGGACAGCCAUACUUCUCUGUGGAGCCCAAGACU